UAGAUGUUUCAUAUUAAUGUAAUUGUCACGGUGUUUGCUAGUAGAUAAGUAAAGAGCUGUAAUUAUCUUCAAGCUCGAGCUAGCUAACGUUAGGGCCAUGGGGAACAUCGACAGUGUUGUGGUGCAGAAACGGCUGGCCCGUUUUCGCCCAGAGGAGCGGCCCGUUGUGGAGGGAGUGUUCGAUCGGCUUCACGGCGCGAGUUCUGCAAGUGGCGCUGGAAAAGCAGGGACGGUUUUAACGCUGGGCAUGUUGAAGCCCUGUAUGGGAAACAUUGCCUCUGACUCUAUGAUAAAGAGGGUCUAUGCUGGGAUGUGUAGCAUGGACCCCGGAGUGGCCCCUCCUCCCCCUAGGGCUGGGGUGAGCCGGGAGCAGCUGGUGGUCUUCCUGGCCGAUGUCCUGCGAGGCACUGCAGAGGAACGGGCGCCCCUUGUCAUGGCAAUGGCUCGGGGGGCAGGGACAGGUGUUGCCACAUGUGACCAAAUAAUAGAGUUCUUGCAGGACCUGGUUUCUGCUGUGGUGCAGAUCAUCAUCCAGAAGGGUCGUCUGCAGGGCUGGAAGCCAGAGCGUAUGGCUGACGGUUCCAUUGGUGUUAAACUAUUGGCUGAACAGAUGAGCUCUGAACUAAAACCCUCAGAUCAGCACACCUGUGACAUCCCAUGUUUGGAGGACUGGCUGUUCAGAGUUUCCAAUGUGGCCAUGUACAUGGACCUUCUGAUAGGUGAAGGCCUGAACGUGGGCUUAACCUCCCGUCCCCCUCCCACCCUACUGCCCCCCUGCUGGGAAACCCCGUGGGAGAAGCUGCGCUGCCUGCUGGACCUGUCCGUGCUGAUGUUCCUCACACCACAGUUACCUGAUGGGUACAACACCCCCUGGAAGCUGCUUUUCUCAACUCAGCUGCAUGGGGAGAGCUUCACCAAAAUAGUGGGCAGCUGUAAAGGCCGCGGGCCCACCGUGCUCCUGAUCAAAGACACUAAGGGACACAUCUUUGGUGGCUUCGCCUCCCAUGGCUGGGAAGUAAAGCCUCAGUUCCAAGGAGACUCCAGGUGCUUCCUGUUCUCAGUAUUCCCCUGUCUACGGGUGUACACCUGCACAGGAUACAACCAGCACUACAUGUACCUCAACCAGGGCCAGCAGACCAUGCCCAACGGCUUGGGCAUGGGUGGUCAGCAUGGCUACUUUGGCCUGUGGCUGGACAGUGAUUUUGGCCGUGGGCAUAGCCGGGCACGGCCUCGCUGCACUACCUACGGCAGCCCUCAGCUCUCUGCUGAGGAGGACUUCACCCUGGACUCUCUGGAGGUGUGGGGGGUUGGGAAGCCCCCUGAGGAGGAAGAGGGAGCGACAGGAGGCAAGAGGAGUGUCCUGGAUGCAGACCCUGAGGUUCAGGCCAUGAUGGAGAUGGCAGGGAAGACCCUUCACAGCCAGGGCCUGCGAGAGCCAGAGGAGGACAAUGGAUAAUGAGACAUUUAGACAUUAUAUAGAUUUAUCACAGUUUCUUCUCAGACAAGACAUUUCAAGAAGACAUUUUGAAGAAAAGAGUGCACUAAUCUCCUAGGGGCCGAUUCCGACCCGAGUUAAGCGCGUGUGAAUGGAACGUAAUUCCCUUUUUUUCUCUCUACACUUACUCUGACCUUGAACUUAAGCAUGAGAAUAGCAUGCUAUUCACCCACAAUUUUUUGGGGGUGGAGAUCGAAUAAAUCUGUAAGUAAGUGUGUCUACAGAUACGCUGUAUUCUGGCCUUGACUUAAUUCCCUAAUAAUUUCACCACCUUUACACCAUGAAUAAGGUCUAGCGAACCUACCGGUUCCAAGUGGAAAAAGCAUCUACUUAAGUCAUAACAGUUUGAACCCGACACAUGGCGCAAUACUUGGCUGUCAUCAUCAUACAGUUCCAUGGUUAGUGCAGGCAAUAGAUUAGGAUAUAGCCUACUAUUCUCCCUAUUAUAAUUCUAUGUACAGUACACUAAUCUUCCAACAUUACAAUGGGUUGAAGAACUGAAUGUGGCAAUUUUCAGAAUGAAUCAAACCACUUUUCUUUCUUUCGUGCAUAAAGGCUCUCCUAACCUGUUUUUUAUGAUUCAUAAAUACUUUCCUAAGCCUAAAUAACCUGCAAGAUCAGAGUAUUUUUUAAAUCUACCAAUUGGUGUUGAAACGGAGACUAUUAUGUAUAUAUUUAGUUCACUUUCUUUCAUGAUCCCUAAUAUUCUGAACCCGUUCUCUCAAUAACUUCUAGUGAGUCUGUGGACAAAAUUCUAACUAAGAGGUACACCGUAUUUAAAGAGAUGGCUUAAGAUAAACGUACUGAACCCUAUUGAAUGAAAACUCAACACGAAAAUUUGUUGGCCAGCAAGUGGGAGGGUUAUCAGCAGUUGAAUUACAUGUAUUCAGCACGCGCAAGGGAACCACGCCGGCAAAUCCCGUUCGUUACGCACCUGCACAAUUAGGCCCCUAGCACCUACAUUUGUGUAUUUUUAUGAGUGUGUGUGUGUGUGUAGAUGGUUAAGUCUGAGAUUUUUAAUCUGUGUGUGAACUACUGUACUGUUGGCUACAUUAAAUGAACAGGACACCAGGUGUGGCCCACUCACAUCAACCUUUAUCUUCUGUGUCUGAGCUCAGGUGAACAAGUAUUUAAAGAGAUAUUGGAAUUGAUUAAUAAUUAGGAUUGUCAUAAGUCAUUGUUUUGCUUUGAUGGCUUUUUAUUCCAAAGUGUUUAGUGUGGAUCCUAUAUGUAAACAUUGUUUCACCUAUUACAUGAAUGGUAUGUAAAAACUUCUGUUUUUAAAGUAUGACGCUAGAUAGCCAUGAUGGCUUAUCUACUACUUUACAGCACCAAUAACUGUAAACUUCCAGGAGGCAAUUUACAGUAAUGAAGCCUACAUAACCUACUCUGGCGGUUCUCUCAUUCACUGUACUGCCUCGCUGGGUUUAGUACUCUGGUUGGCUGAUCGCGCCUCUUCAUAUUUUUAUGCAAAUUACGAGGGAAAGUGACGUUACAUACGCAAAUCAGCAGUUUAAUUUCCAUGUAGACGCAGUGAAUGGGAUAGAACAUAGAUCAGACAUUUUCACAACAACUUUCUUAGAAAUCUUUAAAUCUUUCAUCGGCAUAUUGUAGUCACUGAGCGUUUCUUUAAUAUUAGAUAUUGAUUUUAGGCUAUGUAUGUAAUGGUAUUAAUAAUAGUAAUGGUUCAUUGGAAAAGACAUUCAAAUUAUGAAACGAUUAAAUAAACUCAGUUGAUAUUU